GGACGCUGCUCGGAUUGCUGGUCUGGUGAAAAACACGCGAGUUGUCACGAGUGAGGUCAGAGUUGAAUGUUUGACAGAGAGACAGAGAGAGGGAGACAGAGAGAGAGAGGGAGAGAGAGAGUCCAAUAUGGAUGCCAUAUUCCACGAGAAACAAGAGGGCUCUCUCUGCGCCCAGCACUGCCUAAACAACCUGCUGCAAGGUGAGUACUUCAGCCCUGUAGAUCUUUCCUCCAUUGCCCAUCAGUUGGACGAAGAAGAGAGGAUGAGGAUGGCAGAGGGAGGAAUGGGCAGCGACGAAUAUAGGACCUUUUUGCAGCAACCUUCUGGAAACAUGGAUGACAGUGGGUUCUUUUCCAUACAAGUUAUUAGCAAUGCUCUGAGAGUUUGGGGAUUGGAGCUAAUCCUCUUCAACAGCCGGGAGUACCAGACCCUGAUGAUAAAUCCAAUAAAUGAAAAUGCCUUUAUAUGCAAUUACAAGGAGCAUUGGUUUACUAUUCGCAAACUUGGACAACAGUGGUUUAACUUGAAUUCACUUUUGACUGGACCAGAGUUGAUAUCAGAUACAUAUUUAGCCCUUUUCCUUGCACAGUUACAGCAAGAAGGUUAUUCAAUUUUUGUGAUCCGUGGAAACCUUCCAGACUGUGAAGCAGAGCAAAUUCUUGGGAUCAUGAGAGUGCAGCAACAGCAGCGGCCAAGGCUUAUUGGAGAGGACGAGGCUCAGACAAGUGCAGGUAGAUCAGCAACACUGGGCCAUACAGAGAUGGGCUUUGACGUGGAGAGCAAUGUCGUGGAGGAAGAGGAGGAGCUGAAGAAAGCUCUCGCGCUGAGCAGACAGGACAUAGACGUGGAAGAUGAGGAAGCUGAUCUCCGCAGGGCCAUUCAACUCAGUAUGCAAGGAGCUGUGUUAAGCAACACAUCUUCAGAUUCUGGAGGUGGACAUGUGAAGCUGGACAAUGAGCCUGCAGGGGGACGAAGAGUACAAAAUGAGGCGCUCACAGCAGAGGAGCUGAGGAAGAGGAGGCAAGCUUACUUCGACCGGCAACAGAUCCAACUUCUAUCGAACAUUCCUCAACAUGCUAACACUGCAUCCAUAGAGAACCCUCGCACUGAAUUGGACCAACAACAAAAGCCCAGCCUGUAAAACUGGCAAAGCUUAUUAUUUUGACAAGCUGCUAAAAACUAUGGCCCCCUACCACUAAUCUAGUGAUGAGUUUGCUCCUUCCUCUAAACUGUUUUGACCCUUUUACGAACACAUGGACUCUCAGGAGGCUUUUCCCUGUUUGGUUCGCUGAUGGGUGUUACAGAACAACAACAGAGAAUAAGGCAGCAGGUGGCCAUCGGGGCUGCAAAGAAGCUGAACUUUUGACGCAGUGAAACAAAUUUGCCUUUUUUUUAAAAACCGUGGCGCCUUCUGUUUCUGCAGUAUACUGUUUUGUUUUGUUUAUUCCCCUGCGAGGGAUAAAAAAAAAAAGGAACCAUUAUGUACAAAUGGGUGUUUGUUGUGCGAGGGGAAAUCAUAUAGCUUGUCCACUGUUAAACAUUUACUUCUAAUUUUGUAUCAUGACACCAGUGUUUUGAAGUAGUUUUUGGUGGCAAACAAACAUCUAAAAGGCACGUCAGUAUUUUUACUUUCUUAUUCAAUAUCAUGAGUCAGUUUGCUUUAAAGUGACAUUGUAAAACAUAUUUCUGUUGUUGUGGCUAUCUUACUGAAUGAGUGACAUUAAUGAAGUACUCCUCGUUUGAGUACACAUUUUAUAGUCAAGAGUAUCAUGGAUAGACACGAGACAACACUAACUAGAGCAACUUUUUCAUUUUUUUUUCAACUUCUUGCCUAAAAUAUGUUGACAUAUACAUUAAUAGGGAGCAAUUUUUUCAAUCUGCAUGUAAUAAAUGAAUCAAUUAUUCCAGCAGGAUUUCUCACAUUUGCUGUUCAUCAGUAUAUAUGAUAGAAAUGAUCUUCAUCAGUCAGUCACAGACAUAAAAAACAAACAGUUAAGUAUUAUAAAGUUACCUGUGUCAUAGAUUUUGAAAUGCAACAUGUAUACAUUUAUGUUAACCAGUAGGAUAUUUGGUUUGUAUGGAACCAAUUCAAUGUUUCCAUUUUCAACUUCAAGUCAUUCUGUCGUGUUUUGCUUGAUUUGAAAUUCAAAUGCUGUUUUUUUUCCACAUUACCAGUUUCACUUAAAGCAUUCUGUGCUUUUUAUGUUUCAGAAUGCUCACGUUGUUUUGCAAAUAUGUUGGUGUCGUUUCAGAAUAAAGCAACAUUCAUUAAUUAUUUAA